AUGUCCUCGUCGGCAACGUCCAAAGACGACGUCGUGUCCGAGCUCGCCAGUCUCAGCUUGGCCCGAGGCAGAGAUCCGAAGAGGGCAGGCGAGCGACUGGCCAAAAUGGAGGUGGCCGACUCCUGGGAAGACGAGGACGACGAGGACGACGAGGACAAUGAGGACAACGAGGACGACGAAAAGGACGACCGCGACUGCCGCGGCGACGAGAAGAGAGCGACAGCCGGGUCCGGAACGGAAACUCCCACGGCAGGCUCCGAAUCAAUCCUCCCGAGCGCGCCAUCACGGCCGACGGCGGCGUCCGCGUACGACGGCAGCGACGUUCCCGAUUGGAACUCGUCCCUCGCCCCCGCGGCGGGAGGACGGAGAGACGACAAGGCGGACAGAAGACCGGAGAAGACGGACGCCGUGGCGAGGCGCAUGAUCGCCGCCGGCCUCGGCCUGAAAGCACCCAAGCAGACGGAGGAGCAGAGGGCGUACCAACGAUCCGUCCGCGAACAGGAAAAGAAGCGGCGCGAGCAGGAGAGGGAGCAGGAGCGGAAGCGGCGCGAGGAGGCGGAAAGAGCCAAGGCGGCCGUUUGGGACGACUGA